GUGUGUUAAAACAGCUUCCGGGUUUCCUCGAGCCGCAAGUCCACGUCAGAGUGGAGCGGAGCUGGUAGAGACAGACCACCCAGAACCGAACCGAACCGUGGAAGCAUGGCGGACGAUGCCACGCGUCGAGCCGUGUCACAGAUCCCGCUUCUCAAGACGCACGCGGGUCCUCGGGAACGCGCGCUGUGGCCGCAGCGGCUGAAGGAGGAGUACCAGGCUCUGAUCCGGUUCGUGGAGCAGAACAAGGCCGCUGAUAAUGACUGGUUCCGCCUGGAGUCCACUCCGGACGGCACGCGUUGGACCGGUACCUGCUGGUUCGUGCACGAGCUGCUCCGCUACGAGUUUGCCGUAGAGUUCGACAUCCCGGUGACGUACCCGGAAACGGCGCCGGAACUAGCGAUCCCAGAGCUGGACGGGAAAACGGCCAAGAUGUUUCGGGGCGGGAAGAUCUGCCUCACCGAACACUUCGCUCCGCUGUGGGCGCGCAACGUGCCGCGCUUCGGGAUCGCGCACCUCAUGGCGCUCGGGCUCGCGCCCUGGCUGGCCGUAGAGAUCCCGGACCUGAUCAGCAAAGGUCUGGUCAUCCACAAGGAGAAACCACGUGACGGAGCGGAGUGACGUCAGAGGAUGGGGUCUGGCUGGUGGAGGCGAGAAGGAUUUAUGAACAGGGUUCUGUCACAGAAUAACAUCUAGCAGCCAAAGUUCUGCAGGACUGGCUGUGGAUCCACGGUCUGCUUGGACCUCAUUCUGGAGAACAGAUCCUGCUCAGUGAGUUCUGGUUCUGAGAGGCUGAUCUACUGUCAGUCAGGAGAACAGAUGUUGUACAGAAGAAUAAAAAGUUCUGGUUCAGA